AGGCGUGCUGGCGCCCAAAUACACUUUGCGACGUCGCGGCGCCCAGGGCCCAGCCCUUGUCGGGAAGAGACGUGUUAAAGUAGUCCCUUUACCACAAGGAAUAGGGGCUUCCUUUCACACCGCACGCUCUAAAGUGAUAUAAACGUUAUCUCCAGGACCGAGAAAAGGUAGUUUUAUAAAUCCGAGUUUCGGUCCUCCAUAAUCCCGAGACCGGAAAUGUCGCAAUCCAUCCACGCGUCGCACCUCUUGUCGCCGCUGUCCCGCACCUCUCGACGCAACCUUCCCCGCCUCCGCCCCACACACUUUGCAUCACACCUCUCCUAUGAGGCACGGCGAGCUGACUGUGGGGGGAGCCCGCGGGUCGUUCAAGACCAACUUGAGCAACGAUUCAGUGAAACUUAGAUUUUUUUAAAAAAAUUACUAAGAAAGAGCCUAGAGCUACCCCGACAGGUAAUCUCAAGCAACAGAGCUGAUGGCUCCAAGAGAUUACCUGAGACCUAUUAACAGAACCGCAACCCUACUCAGAGGACCUCGCUGAGGCUGGAGGGCUAUGAUGUCAUAAGGGGCUUCUCGGCCCUGACCAGGUCCCUUGACUGUGAUUGGUUGAUUCGGAGAAGGGCGAUGAUGGAGAAGGGCGGGAGCAAAUUACAGAGACAAAGAAAGUCUUUGGGUGUGACAAUUAGAGAAGGGCGUGCGAAGGGGCUCCCAGGCUGUAGUCUCUAUAUAGUCUUGUUUUCACCUGCUCCAGCGCCAGGGAGCAGAGGCCGAGGAGGUCCAGCCUGACCCUGAGCCCCAGCGCCCCCCGCCCACCGCGGUGAGGGCAGGGCCAAGGGGCGGAGCUAUGUGGAGUUGGGAGGCUGGGCCGAGUAAUUGAAGUGGCUGCCAAGUUGAGCCAUGGAGAAGCCCGAGUCUCUCGCGUCGGUUAGCGGCCUCACUGCGGAAUCCCCUCGGGGGGUUCCUAGGGCAGUACCAGGAGGUGUCCGAGGUAUACAAACAGACACCGGAAGUCCCUCCGGAGUAGUCUUGUUUCCUGGUUCUGGCCCCCUCUUGCAUUCCGGGGGCACUGUAAUUCGUAGUCGUGGUCCAAUCCAGCCCUCUGAAGGGGUAGUGACCCUCAGUUCCAGACCCAGUCUGCAUCACGGGGAGGUUGCAGGUUGUAGCCUUGGGUCCAGCAAAUCCCCUGGCACUGAAACCGGUGCAACUAGGGCGUCCAUCCCUGGACCGGGGGAGCCUAAAGUGUCCAGCUCGGAGAAUAGUCCACACUCCGGGUCAGCUCCCUUGAACUCUCAAAACUGUGAGGAGCGUCCCCGGAGCAUCCUAAAAAACAGCAGUUCCUUCAUGAUGAAGAAAACCUCCAGUACGGAGAAGAAAUCUCAGCGCUGGGAUGAGAUGAACAUCUUGGCUACCUACCACCCCGCUGACAAAGACUAUGGCUUUAUGAAGGUGGAUGAACCCGGCACCCCCUACCACAGACUGCCCGACAAUGACAAGGACCUGUCUGCAGGGUCUUCUCUGAAGGUGACCCCUGAAGCACUGGCAGAGAGGUUUGCCACAAUGGACAAUUUCCUCCCCAAGGUCCUCCAGUAUGGAGACAACAAAAGCCCAAGGACUGCAGAUAGCUUUGCCAAGACUGACUCCAGUGAUUUUGACAAGCACCGAAAGAUACACUACAGUGAAGGCAAAUUCCUGAAGGCCCCGAGAAACCUGCCUUUGGCCAAUGAGGACGAGAGCAGUGGGGCUAGUGCCAGCAUCAGCAGUAGUAAUCAAAGUGUGGUGAUGGACCUGAAGUCCAGGCCUGUGGACAAAGGCUGGGCAGGAAGACUGGCCACAGGAGUCAAAAACGAGACUGUCCUGGUGACUGACAGCCAUGCCCUAGGCACCAAAGAUUCUGCCACUUACAGAAACCAGUUCCCCUCAGCUUCAGACUCUACCGUGGGGGAGCAGACUAAUCUACAGCGCAAGGAGUAUUACAGUAAAGGAAGAUACCUGAGGUCCUGUUCCCACCCAGAGCUUGCAGAGGAUAUAGAAGAUGAAGAACAGGACAGUUCUUCAGGCCUGAUCUGGGUUACUGAGAAUCCCAAAGGCACUUCAGGCAAUGGGUCUCAAGUGGCAUCCAACUGUUGGGCUAAGGGGCUGACACACCGAAGCCCAGGGAACUCAGAAAAGGAACAUGGAAGUAACCAGAACCCUCCAUGCUGGAACGGAUGCAGACAUGAGCCUGGGCAGAGGCAAGGGGAUGAAAGCUUGUGGCUCCCGUGGACUCAGGACAAAGAGCCUAGACCGUGGAAAAUGUAGCCGGCUGAGGAUGGGGUGAGGACAGCCUUCCCCUGCCCUUCCCACUCUAACAGUGGACAAUAAAGACAACAUCAGGAACCAGACUGGGACCGCUCUAUCGAGGAUUGGGAGAGUUGGGGGUGUGGGAGUGUCCAUGUACAAUAAAUCAGGAAAGCAGAGCCAAGAGAAGGAAGCUGAGCACAACCCAAGGGACUGGACUCCUAGGAGCAAGUACUUAGGGGCUAGGGCAGCAAAUCACAAAUUUGAGCAUAAGUUGUUCUACAUGAUGAGAUUCUGUUUCAAAGCAUAAAACAAAACUUAGGAUUUAAAAAAAUUCACUAUCCGUUUUAUUCACUUCAUGUAGUACACCUGUUGGCGGUCAAAGGAACUUUGCAGAAUCAAUUCCACUGGAGAUCAAACUCAGGUUGUCAGGCUUGCUGUGUGGCAAGCACUUUUACCCAGUGAACCACCUUGCUGGCCCCCUAGGAUUUUUUAAAUUUUAUAAUUAUUAUUACUAUUUUUUUUUAAUUUUCGAGAUAGGGUUUCUCUGAAAUUUUUGGUGCCUGUCCUGGAACUAGCUCUUUUUUUUUAAAUUUAUUUAUUAUGUAUACAAUAUUCUGUCUGUGUGUAUGUCUGCAGGCCAGAAGAGGGCAUCAGACCUCAUUACAGAUGGUUGUGAGCCACCAUGUGGUUGCCGGGAAUUGAACUCAGGACCUUGGAAACAGCAGGCAAUGCUCUUAACCACUGAGCCAUCUCUCCAGCCCCCUGGAACUAGCUCUUGUAGACCAGGCUGGCCUCGAACUCACAGAGAUCCGCCUGCCUCUGCCUCCCAAGUGCUGGGAUUAAAGGCGUGCGCCACCACCACCUGGCUAUUAUUACUAUUUUUGUUGAGACAGAGUUUUUCUAUGUAGCUUUUGGCUGUCUUUCUGGAACUUACUCUGUAAACCAGGUUAGCCUCAAAUUCACAGAGAUCUGCCUACCUUACCUCCCAAGUGUUGGGAUCAAAGGUGUGUGUCACCACAGCCUGGCAAAACGUAGGAUCUUGAAAAGGCCCAAGCUUG